CGAAGCUCCAUUACUAGCUCCCGGCAACCUCAACGCAGUAACUUGGAGGCCAAUUGGCCAACUUCCCUUACUCUUUUACCAACCCACAACCAGCUCGUGCUCUCUUACGAUGCGUAUCUUCUCGUCACUCUUUUCUUUGGUCCUGCUCACCGCAGGCGCUGUAGCCUCCAAGAAGUCGGCCACCGAACGAUUCGAUGAAUUCCACGCCAAGGCGCAGAGCACCUCGCCCGUGAAGCUCAACGAUGCGUCGUACAAGUCCUUGACCGGCGCGCCGCGCGAUUACAGCGUCGCUGUGCUUUUGACUGCCUUAGACAAUAGGUUCGGAUGCCAGCUAUGCCGUGAGUUCCAACCGGAAUGGGAUCUCAUCAGCAAGAGCUGGUCCAAGGGCGACAAGUCCGGAGAUUCGCGAAUGAUAUUUGGGACUUUGGAUUUCACUGAUGGCAGAGAUGUAUUCUUGUCGCUCGGCCUCCAAACUGCCCCAGUCCUCCUAUUCUUCCAGCCGACGGCCGGGCCCCACGCCGUCGCUGUGCAAGAACCCCUUCGAUUUGACUUUACCAGCGGCCCUCCUACCGCCGAACAGAUCCAUGCCUGGGUCUCCCGUCACCUCCCCGACCGACCCCAUCCACCCGUCAGGCGCCCGAUCAACUGGAUGCGAUGGAUCACCACCACCACCAUUGUCCUCGGCCUCGGCACUGCCCUGGUGACCGCGUCACCCUAUGUUCUGCCCAUUAUUCAGAACCGCAACAUCUGGGCUUCCAUCAGCCUGAUCUCGAUCCUUCUCUUCACCAGUGGACACAUGUUUAACCACAUUCGCAAGGUGCCCUAUGUCGCUGGCGACGGACGUGGUGGGGUGAGCUACGUUGCCUCUGGCUUCCAGAGCCAGUUCGGCUUGGAGACGCAGAUCGUAGCUGCUCUUUAUGGUAUCCUAUCCUUCUGUGCCAUCUCACUAGCAGUCAAGGUACCUCGUAUCGCCGAUUCGAAGACGCAGCAAGUCGCCGUGAUUGCUUGGGGCGGUGUCCUCUUUCUCGUUUACAGCUUCCUUCUCAGCGUCUUCCGAAUUAAGAAUGGUGGGUACCCAUUCUCUCUGCCACCUUUCAUGUAAAGGCAUGAGAAAGACGCCAAGUUUUUGUGGGCAGUAGCGAGGAAGACUGGCAUUUAGCCACCGGGAUGAACGCGGUUUUAGCAAAGUGGCACCAGGUGGUCGGUGGAAGGGGGGCCAGUUGUCAGUCGACAACUAGGACGCACAUGUACAAUAUUCACUGGGAUGACUCUUUUAAAAGUUUGACCGCAACACUGGGACGGACAGACUUUGGCUCAGUAAGCAAAGCAGCUUCGCUCUCACGUCAGCUUAAAAAAGCCUGCAUUUCUAGACGUGCACAUACAACGAUAGAAUUUGAUCUUGGAG